AUGCCUUUAGUGCCCAAGAGUGAUGCUGGCACCCGUGUUCGUCUCUUUGAACAUGCAGGCCUCGGCUUCUCUGACACGGCGGAGGAAGCCAAUAAUGGCCUUGAAUGGGUCGAGUCCAAUUGGUUCCAAGGCUUGAGCGGGAUGAUCAUCAUGUGCAAUGCUGUGGUCAUUGGUUUGGAAACCGAUCUCGAGUCCAAGAUCUGGUUCUGGGUCGAGCACGGUUUGCUGGCCUACUUCUUGUUCGAGCUGGUCGUUCGACUUCUGCGACAUGGUCGCCAGUUCUUUCGUCAGGAGGAGACACUGCAUGUAACGGAGUUGGAUGGAAGAGAGGCACAGAGACAAACUGAAUUUCAUGCAAGGUUUCGGUCGUUCUGA